AUGGCCGUCGCUCUCAACGCCGGCUUCAGUUCUCCGCUUCAUAACAGAUCCCAUCAAGUUACACCGUUAAAGCCUUCGCCUUUCGCGUUCCACAUAUCCUUAAAUGGUUCAACAAGGUUGUUACUUUCAAGCAAAAGGAGUCUUGUUCUAUCUUGCUUGGAGACAAACGACAAUUCAAUCACAACAACAUCGGUCGAUUCUUCCUCUUCGGACUCAAGUAAAGCAGCAAGUGAAUCCGUUGAAUCAGGCAGUAAUGGCACUGCGAAAAGAGCACCAUUGACAGCAAGAGAGAGACUAAGAGCAGCUCGUGUGCUUAGCAGAUACACGGAAGCGACACCGAAACCAACAAAACCCAAAAUGGGAAGCCAAAUCCUGGAGGUGCUCAAGGAAAGUGAUAAGAAAUCAAAGAGGAAACCGGGUCUACCCGAAGCACCAACCAACAUGCUUGAUGAUAGCAAGAGAGGUAUGCCAAAGAAAGGCCUUACCUUUGAUCUCCCUGGAAGCGCAGAUAUACUCGUCAUCGCUUUUUCCUUUGUGUUCAUUAGCACGGUGAUGUUUGCUACUACUUUUCUUGUCUGGAAACUCGGUGGGAUUCACUUCAACGAAAACUAG